CGCAUUAUCAAAAUCUAUAUUAAAAUGGAGGAAAAGAGUCAAGUUGUGGAACGAGAGGCUAAGAAGGAUGAGAUUCACGAGAAAGAUGGGAAAUCUAAGAGUUCGAAGAAGAGACAUCUUAAGAAGAAGAAUAAGAUGGCGCAUGCCACCACUGAAAACCACAACCAUAGUGGCCAUAAAGACGAACAUGAAAUGAAUAGCACGUGUAAAAUUUCUAUAAAGGAAUUACAAAUAGCCAUGGAAGUAUUUAAUAUACAUCAAAAACCUGCCAAAACUCAAGAAGAGGCUAUGGAGAAGCCUUAUCAGUUUUGGAGUACACAGCCGGUACCAAAAAUGGAUGAAAAGAUAGUUAAAAAUGAACCGAUUGAAUCGGAUAAAACAUCAAUCAGAGCAGAACCUUACUCGCUACCAGCAGACUUUCAAUGGGACACGUUAAAUCUAGAUGAUCCAUUAGUUUUAUCUGAAUUAUACACUUUGUUAUCUGAAAAUUACGUGGAAGAUGACGAUGCUAUGUUCAGAUUUGAUUAUCCACCAAAUUUUCUGAAAUGGGCAUUACAAUCCCCCGGAUGGUGCAAAGAAUGGCACUGUGGGGUACGGGUGACUAAAAGCGGACGUCUAGUCGGUUUCAUUUCCGCUAUUCCAGCUACUCUGCGUGUUUAUAAUCACACCCAAAAAAUGGUGGAAAUAAAUUUCUUAUGCGUGCACAAGAAAUUACGAUCAAAACGAGUUGCACCAGUGUUAAUACGCGAGAUAACUAGGAGAGUUAAUCUUCAAGGUAUAUUUCAGGCUGUGUAUACCGCUGGUGUCGUACUACCAAAACCAAUAGCUACUUGCAGGUAUUGGCAUCGUUCUCUCAAUCCAAAGAAACUAAUCGAAGUAAAGUUCUCGCAUUUAUCUCGAAAUAUGACCAUGCAAAGAACUUUAAAGUUGUACAAACUGCCGGAGAAUACAAAAGUACCAGGAUUCAGGAAAUUGGUGGAAGCGGACAUACCUCAGGCUCAUAAGAUAUUAAGCGAUUAUUUGGAGAAAUUUGACUUGGCUCCAAUCUUCUCGGUGGAGGAGUUCCGCCAUUGGUUCCUUCCACAAAACGGGAUUAUUAAUAGUUUUGUAGUAGAAAAUGAGGGUAACAUUACCGAUUUAGUUAGCUACUACACAUUGCCGAGUUCCAUAAUGCAUCAUCCGACACAUAAGACGCUGCGGGCUGCGUACAGUUUCUACAAUGUGUCCACCGUGACUCCUUGGCUCGAACUUAUGACCGAUGCAUUGAUAUCGGCCCGUGAUCUUAACUUCGACGUGUUCAACGCGUUGGACCUUAUGGAUAACAAAGAGUUCUUAGAACCAUUAAAGUUCGGUAUAGGCGACGGAAAUCUGCAAUAUUAUUUAUAUAAUUGGCGUUGUCCUAGCAUGACACCCGGAAAAAUUGGUCUGGUGCUCCAAUAAAGUUCUAGUUCAACAAAUCCGUUGUCUAGAUACAAGUUUUCGCAUGUGCAAGCUUAAGAAUUGGAAGUGAUGGUAAAACAGGGAAACCAAGAUUAACAGGAUGAUAUAAGAGGGACAUUGAAACAGUGGCAAAUAUAAGUUUAAUUUUUACCGAUGAACAUCCGAAGCAUAUCGAAUAAUCGGAAGGAAUCGAUGUUUCCAUAGCGUGUCAAGUAGGAUGUUCCAUUGGAUUCGCGCAAUUUCGCGCAUGUUAUCUUUGGAGACCCUCCGUCUCGACUUUUGAUCAUGACAUUAGUUCAAGAUCGAAAUCGAAAUAUGCAUGUGCAACGCGUGUAUAUACGUAUGUGCGUGACUCGAGCAAUGUAGAUAAUUAUCGUAUGCUCUAGUAUUUUGCAAAAACCAUGUGGAGGAAAUUUCCGUCUUGCAGGUAUGGUCGACUGUGAAGUCUCGAUAAAAGUUCCCUAAAGUUCUCUUCGGACGCUAUUUAAUUUGGGAUAACAGGUUUCUCGUAGCGUCUGUUUGAUUAAAUAGGUCGCAGCGGUAUGCCGAAGUGAGAGUGGAAGAAAAAUUGAAAUAAAAGAAGAUCGAAAGUAAAGCGAUCCAUUUGUUUGUUUAUGCCCUUUGUUCGUUCCCUUCAAUUUUACCUGUGUAUUUCACUUUCCCUUUGUAACAUAUGUAUGUACCCCUGCACAGAAUAAAGUUAUUAAAUUUAUCGCAUGACACGCGUUUAUAAAGAUUCAUCGAAGAUUUCGACGAUUUUUUAAUUAUUAGCUUUGAUACUGUUUUCUUUUCCGGUACCUUCGAAACACGUGGUUGCGUAACGAGGGGUCCGCUUCCGGCGCCGAUUAGAUAGCGGUAAAACUAAAAAGACACAGAAAGAAACCAGUUUUUAAGGACUGUCAUUAAGGGAAACACCGCUGACCCAGCGGUGCGGCAUCAAAAAUAAUUUAAACUUUCCGGAAAAGACUAACGCCACGACAAUUUCUUUUUAUUUUCGCUCAACAAACGUUUCCCGACUAACGUUUAUUCCUUUACGAAAGCAACGUGUGCUCUUAAUACGAGUCGAGGCCUUUGUAACAGUUGCUGCAGAUCAAUAUUUAACACAAUAUACUCACGACCGACAUGCAAGGCCUUUUUCAAGAUAAAAGGCGCGAAACGAUGGCCCUGUGACAAUUAAAACGGCUGACACGUACACGCCGAAUUUCAAAUGACAAACCAUUUAAUUCGAAUUUGAACUCGGACGAAUCCUCUCUCAGUGUCCACCGAUAAUUGGCAAUUAACAAGAAUUUAUUUUUACUCCAAUGUCACCAAUUAUACUGAAAAACCGAC